AAAAUCAUCACGCCUAGUUCUCACAGACACACAUCGCUUUAUAUAGCCGCUUUAGAGAAGGCAGCACCACACUCCUCGCCGCCUCUCUCUAAAACUUUCUCUCGCCUCUUCAGCUUUGACUCAUUUUUUGCGGAAAUUAAAGACUAGUCAAAAUGGUGAAGUUCACAGCUGAAGAACUACGUCGUAUUAUGGACCAUAAGCAUAAUAUCCGUAAUAUGUCUGUCAUUGCUCAUGUUGAUCACGGAAAAUCAACCCUCACUGAUUCUCUUGUAGCUGCUGCUGGUAUUAUUGCUCAAGAAGUGGCAGGUGAUGUCCGUAUGACUGAUACCCGUGCAGAUGAAGCUGAACGUGGUAUUACAAUCAAGUCUACGGGUAUCUCGCUCUACUAUGAAAUGACUGAUGAAGCUCUCAAGAAUUAUAAGGGAGAGCGUAAUGGGAAUGAGUAUCUCAUUAAUCUCAUUGACUCCCCUGGACAUGUUGACUUCUCAUCUGAGGUCACUGCUGCACUUCGGAUUACUGAUGGAGCUCUAGUUGUGGUGGAUUGUGUUGAAGGUGUCUGUGUUCAAACAGAAACUGUGCUACGACAGGCCCUUGGAGAAAGGAUUAGGCCUGUUCUGACUGUCAACAAGAUGGAUAGAUGCUUCCUUGAACUCCAAGUGGAUGGAGAGGAGGCCUACCAGACAUUUCAAAGAGUUAUAGAGAAUGCUAAUGUGAUCAUGGCUACAUAUGAAGAUCCACUGCUUGGGGAUGUGCAGGUCUAUCCAGAGAAAGGAACAGUUGCCUUUUCUGCUGGUUUGCAUGGCUGGGCUUUUACCUUGACCAACUUUGCCAAGAUGUAUGCUUCUAAGUUUGGAGUUGAUGAAGGGAAGAUGAUGGACAGGCUCUGGGGUGAAAACUUCUUUGAUCCAGCCACCAAGAAAUGGACCAGCAAGAAUACUGGUUCUGCUACCUGCAAGCGUGGGUUUGUUCAGUUCUGUUAUGAGCCUAUCAAGCAGAUAAUUAACACUUGUAUGAAUGAUCAGAAGGAUAAGCUGUGGCCUAUGCUGCAGAAGCUUGGGGUCAACAUGAAAUCUGAUGAGAAGGAACUUAUGGGUAAAGCAUUGAUGAAGCGUGUCAUGCAAACCUGGCUCCCUGCCAGUAGUGCACUCUUGGAAAUGAUGAUAUUUCACCUUCCCUCUCCAUCCACUGCCCAGAAGUAUCGUGUGGAAAAUUUGUAUGAGGGUCCCCUUGAUGAUCAAUAUGCUGCUGCUAUCAGAAACUGUGAUCCUGAAGGUCCUCUUAUGCUCUAUGUCUCAAAGAUGAUUCCAGCAUCUGAUAAGGGUAGGUUUUUUGCUUUUGGUCGAGUGUUCUCUGGCAGGGUUUCAACUGGUUUGAAGGUGAGAAUUAUGGGACCAAAUUAUGUCCCCGGGGAGAAGAAGGAUUUGUAUGUUAAAAGUGUUCAAAGAACUGUUAUUUGGAUGGGCAAGAGACAGGAAACCGUGGAGGAUGUGCCUUGUGGUAACACAGUUGCUAUGGUUGGUCUGGAUCAAUUUAUCACCAAGAAUGCUACAUUGACAAAUGAGAAGGAAGUUGAUGCCCACCCUAUUCGUGCAAUGAAGUUCUCUGUCUCCCCUGUUGUCCGUGUGGCUGUUCAGUGCAAGGUUGCAUCAGAUCUUCCCAAGCUUGUUGAAGGUCUUAAACGUUUGGCCAAGUCAGAUCCUAUGGUUGUUUGUACCAUUGAGGAGUCUGGUGAACACAUUGUUGCUGGUGCAGGAGAGCUUCAUCUUGAGAUCUGUUUGAAGGACUUGCAGGAAGAUUUCAUGGGUGGAGCUGAGAUCAUUAAAUCUGACCCUGUUGUGUCAUUCAGGGAGACUGUCCUAGAGAGGUCCUGCCGCACUGUGAUGAGUAAGUCCCCCAACAAGCACAACCGUCUCUACAUGGAAGCUAGGCCACUGGAGGAGGGUCUUGCAGAAGCCAUUGAUGAUGGCAAGAUUGGACCAAGGGAUGACCCCAAAGUCCGAUCCAAGAUCUUGUCUGAAGAGUUUGGUUGGGACAAGGAUCUUGCCAAGAAAAUCUGGUGCUUCGGCCCUGAGACCCUUGGACCCAACAUGGUGGUUGAUAUGUGUAAGGGAGUCCAGUACUUGAAUGAAAUCAAGGAUUCUGUGGUUGCUGGAUUCCAAUGGGCAUCUAAAGAAGGUGCAUUGGCUGAAGAAAACAUGAGAGCCAUCUGCUUUGAAGUAUGUGAUGUUGUGCUGCACGCUGAUGCUAUCCACAGAGGUGGUGGGCAGAUCAUCCCUACUGCUAGGAGAGUGUUCUAUGCUUCACAGCUGACUGCUAAACCCAGGCUUCUUGAGCCUGUUUACCUGGUGGAAAUUCAGGCUCCUGAGCAAGCUCUUGGUGGUAUCUACAGUGUUCUGAAUCAGAAACGUGGACAUGUGUUUGAGGAAAUGCAGAGGCCAGGUACCCCACUUUACAACAUCAAAGCAUACCUCCCUGUCAUUGAGUCCUUCGGAUUCUCUAGCACAUUGAGGGCUGCAACAUCAGGCCAGGCUUUCCCACAGUGUGUCUUUGAUCACUGGGAUAUGAUGUCCUCAGAUCCUUUGGAGGCUGGAUCACAGGCUGCACAGCUUGUCACUGACAUUCGCAAGAGGAAGGGAUUGAAGGAACAGAUGACUCCUCUCUCUGAGUUUGAAGACAAGCUUUAAAUUAUUAUUUUAACUCUAUUAUGAACUUAGCUAAAUCUCUCGUGCUGAAAACUUUAUUACUGUAGUUUUAAUUUUUCUGGAGUUUUGUUUGUGGUUUUUGUCGGUGGAUUGUUGUACCGUAUUAUUUAUCUUUGCAUCGGUGUAUUUUUGUUCUAGGAUUUUGCAUCGAUGCUGGUCCAAACUAUUUCUGGGAAUUUUGCUUUGAAGUCAUCGCUAUUUUCAAUAA